AUGGCGGUGAUUACCUCCUCAGGAGGAGUUUAUGUCGUGGCGAUCGUCUGUGUUGUUCUGUAUACGGCAUACCGAAGGAUCCUGCCAAAGCCAAUCCCUGAUAUCCCGUACAACAAAGAUGCGGCAGCAAAGUUGUUUGGUGAUGUGCCAGAGAUGAUGGGCUAUGUGAUGCGUACACAACGCAUUUUUUGUUGGUUAACGUCUCUUACCACUCGCCUCCAAAGUCCUAUCGUGCAGGCUUUCAUCAAGCCCGGAGGACUCCCAUGGGUGGUGGUGACAGACCCUUUCGAAAGCCAAGAUAUCCUGCUUCGGAGAAUCAAGGAGUUCGACCGUAGCGAAUUCUUUGGUGAACUCAUCAAUGGUAUCUUGCCAGAGCAACAUAUCCAAUUUAUCUCGAGCGACCCUCGAUUCAAGAACAACCGGAACUUGAUCAACCACUUGAUGGCCCCGACUUUCAUCAGGGAGAUCAGCGCGCCUGAGGUGUACAUGGCCGCAAGCACCCUGAUGAAGUUGUGGAAGAUCAAAUGCAACAUGGCCAAAGGCCGCCCCUUUUCGGCUCAUCACGAUGUCACCUUUGCUACGUUGGACUCCAUCUUUGCCUCUUCCUUUGGCCUUCUCGAGAGCGAGACCAAUACGAUCCAGCGCAUCAAGGCGUUGGACAGCUUUGAGCCUGUAUUCCCCGAUGAUGUCGAUGAGCCCGUCGCUUUCCCCGAAGGUCACACUCCGGAAAUCUUCUCGGCUGUGCUCACGCUGGCCAACUCGGUCACAGACACUCAGCUCUCUCCUGCCCCGGUACUCACUUCAUGGGUCAUCCGCAAGUUCCCCUACAUGAUCAAGGCCAAGAGCAUCAAGGACAAGUACAUCGAGGACAAGGUUGAAGAAUCCGUCCGAUUGAUUGAGAAAGACCCCAGCAUCAAGCCCAAGAGCGCGCUUCACUCCGUCCUCCUUCGCGAACGCGAUGUGGCGAUCAAAGAAGGCCGCAAGCCCGACUACCGCAAAGGUGCCAUUGCCGACGAGUUCUUUGGUUUCAUGACUGCUGGCCACGAUACAUCUGCUACCACCAUCGCCUGGGGCGUCAAGAUGCUGACUGACAACCCUGCCGCGCAGAGCCGUCUCCGUGACGAGCUCCGCUCGGCCUUCCCAGCUGCUGUCCGGGAGAAGCGCGACCUGACCUACGCGGAGCUUAGCAACGCACAGGUCCCCUACUUGGAUGCCACCGUGGAGGAGAUUCUUCGCCACUCAAACACCAUCGCCUUCGUCGUCCGCCAGGCUCAGCAGGAUACCACCGUCCUCGGCCGCAAUAUCCCCAAGGGUACCAAUGUCUUCCUCAUGGCCAAUGGCCCCGGCUACCUCGAACCCAACAUGAAGCUUACAGAUGAGGCACGCAGCCCUGGGGCCCGCCAGACGGCCAAGUCGGCUCUGACUCGUGCCUGGUCGGACGAUGACAUUUCCAAGUUUGUUCCUGAGCGCUGGCUCGAGACGGAUCCCGAUACCGGUGCCGAGGUGUUCAACACGAUGGCUGGCCCGUCGCUGGCGUUCGGUAUGGGACUUAGAGGAUGCUUCGGCAGAAAGCUGGCUCUGCAAGUGCUCAAGAUUCACUUUGCGUUGAUUGUCUGGAACUUUGAGUUGUUGCCCAUCCCGGAGAAGCUGGGUGGCUACGACGCCGUGCAGAAGUUUGCGAGGGAGCCGACAAAGUGCUUCAUCCGGCUCAAGGAGAUUGAGCUGUAA